UUGCUAGGGGGGCAAUUUUUAAAUCGAAUUACUGAUUUAUUAAGGGAUUUUCUUUAUUCCGAAACCAGGCAGACUUUCUCUCCCGAAAAUUGAGACGGAAAUUUCUAGCAAGCUCGGCGGGGGGUUAUGUCAGAUUUAGACAGCUUCCAACGUCGCAAAUGAAGAAUUACACGUGAAAACUCCCAAUUUAUAAUUGCUACAAGCCAGAACAUUAUUUAAUUCCCAUAUUUGUACUCUGUUCCAUAAAACUUUGAUUGUGUUAAGAUCCCAAGUCCUCGUUAUUUAUUGCACCAAUAGAUCCUCUGAAAGAUUGAGCCCUCUUUUGCUUGUGGGCUUUAAAUAGUAGUUGUUUAUGCUCAAUUUCUGCUUAUUUAACCUAUAUCAGAAAACCUUCAACUUGUGUCACUACAUCGGGUAAACCUAACUCAACUUUAGUCUACAGAUCGAGUUUCCAAUUAACUUUUUCGAAACCCUCAAGCUUGGCAAAUUUCACUUGCCUUGUCUCCAAUUUGUUUCCUGUCACUUUCUUACACACUCUUAGCAACCUGCAUAACAAGUGUUGCGAACAGUAUAAUCAAAAAAUAAUGGCGCGAGUUCAUGCCCUCGGCAAUCUAUCAUUUUUAGGAUAUUUAUAAAAACAGUUGAAGAUGUCAUUUUUAUAACGACUCACGUUUUAAUGAGAUUUCAUUCAUCCUACUUUUACAUUUUUUUUCUCUCAUAUUGACGGCGUUUGUGACUUUUGAGUGAUGUUUAAAUUUUUGGAUUAGAUUACCACCUUUGAAAUUUUGCAAAACGAGACAUGGUUGUUUCAAUUUCUGCAUCCAGAUUUUUUAAAGCUCCCAAUUUCAACAUCAAAACGAACAUUAAAUCAGCAUAAAAGGCAUCUAAUUCAAAAACAUCUUUGUUUAUUGGCGUCCCUGUUGGAUGAUCAGACCUAAUUGAUGACUCUGGUUCAUUCAAGUUUAUUUAGCCACCUGAAAUUACCAAACCGUAUGCACAUGUAUUUUCAUUACCUCCCAUUACAGUUUUGUUAUUACAGAGUGCUAUCAAAUCGGUUACAAACGUUAAAGUCGUUCUUGGCUUACUGGCUUAACUCGCUCUAAAUUGGACUGAAAAGCAAAAUUUCCAAAUCGUUUCUCCAACAUGCUAAAAAUAUCGAAUAAACCCCGAUUGAAAGAAAUCGAUCUACAACUUCAUCCUAAUUGACAUUUGUUUGUGGUACCUGAUUCUGUGCGGAACAAAAAUGAAAACAUCGAAUUCAAAGUUCCUCCCCGUACUUCGUGGUCGGAACAAUCUCCAUUCCUCUCUCCGCUUUUGUGAUCAACUAAACUAUUAAGGACCGAGCAUUGAUGAAUGGAAUUCAAAGAAAUUAUGAACACUUAUUGAAGCUUUGCUAAAAUUAUUGCCACAAAACAAAGGAUCCUCUUCAGCUUCGUCCUAUUUUGACAUUUUGUUUUACCUCAAUUAUGAACAACACUAAAAAUAUCGGAUUCCUUUCGAAUGGCGUGGAAAACUCCUCAAGUAGGAAAUCGGGGGAGGAUUCUAUUCUGUUCACGAGCAAUUACAUAAUCAUGUACUCGGCAGCAGUGUUGUGUGUGGUUGUGACCAUAGGGGGCAACUUCCUAGUGUUGAUGUCGUUCCGAUUCGAGAAAAAAAUCAGAACUGUCAGCAAUUACUACAUUUUCUCUCUCGCUCUAGCUGACAUGGGAGUCGGUCUGUUCUCGAUGUCGAUCUACGUGUUCCGCUACAUCGUGACCACCCCCCCUCUGGACUUGGAGCCGGUGGGACCGGUGAUUUGCUACUCCUACCUCACUCUGGACCAUCUGUUGACACACGUGUCCAUAUUCAACAUCAUCGCCAUAGGCUUCGACCGAUUCCUCUCCAUCGAAGACCCCAUGCGAUACAGGGCUCAGAGGACCAGUCUUAAAGUCAAAAAGGUGAUUCUGUACGUGUGGCUAGGCUGUCUUCUCUUUUGGUUUAUAGUGGUCUUUGUAUGGCCUGCUAUAGUCAAAGGAUUCCAAUACGAACAAGAGUUUUGCACACCCUACUACGAAGACUCCUUUUUCGGUUCUAUCCUCGCAGCUCUUGUCUAUUUUUGGAUCCCAACUCCAAUUCUAUGCGGACUGUAUUUUAAAUUAUACCGCACGUCGGCUCGUAUGAAGAAAAACAUGUCACAAAAUAUGGUCGUUGCCGCCGAACCGAGACCACGCGAAGUACGACGACCGACACUCUCGUCGGUAAAUUUGAGUUACGACGCUAAAACGGGUCCGAACAUUUCAGCAAAAACAGCGGCGGCGGCAGCAGUUGAACUUUCAGGCGCGACAAUCUUCGUAAUUGCGAAUGAAAGCGCGGACGAAAACAUCAAGUCCGUGUUCGGAAACGAGCUGAACAGAAGCCCGAGGUUAGGUGGACGACUGGGUCUAAGCAGUCCUAGAGCGGGCAGGAAAAAACCGAUUUCUCCCUCACAGAGACGAGCUGACAUGAAAAUGAACUGCAAUGGGUUCGGCGAUGAUAGAAAAAUUUCAUUUGCACAAACUACUUCAGCUUCGACGAGAAAAAUCUCAUCGAUGAUUGUCUCUGUGGCGUCAAUGGCAGAAGCUCAAAAUAAGAAGGCUUUUAAAGCCUUUACAUUUAUUCUUGGAGCCCUCAUUAUAACCUGGACUCCGUGGGCUUCUUUGGUCAUAGUUAGAGCCCUGUUCCGGGAAGACAAAACUUUUCUGGAGCGAACCAACGCGCUCUUCAACUUCUCCUAUUUCUUCACUUAUAUAAAUAGCACAGUGAACCCACUUUGCUACGCCCUAGCCAGUCGGACUUUCGCCAACGCGUUCUACAGAAUCCUCUGCUGCAGAUUCAAUAACAAGUCAGAACGGUCCAUUAGCUUGAACUCGCUGCCUGGCCACUAAAAUAAAUUAUUAGCUGGAGCAGUAAAAUUACUACUUAAGAGACAUAAACGAGUUUGUUUCAUCUGAUCACUUGAAAUAGCAGCGAUAUUUAUGUUAUAUCACAAUUGUAUCGGAUAUAAAAUGAUUGAUUAGAAAUCAUUGGUUCAAAUAAUGAUUUCAAAAUAGCGCCUGAGGCGGCAAAAAUCAAUAAGGCAACAAAUUUUAUCUCACAAACGAAUAUUCCAAUCAUCGUCUAUUGGAAAUUCAGGGAAAUGAUUGAUUGAAUCUCAAAUUGAGUAUAUUGAUUUCCGGAAAGAUGAACAAAACUACU